AAUAAAGAAAUCUCUGCGAUGAAUCAUUGUACAGAUCUUUUUUCUAGACAGUAACCCUAGAAAUUUCAGCUGAGAAAAAAGGGUUUUUUUUUUUUUUUUUGUUACACUGUUAGGUUUAGCUUUAGUUGCUCAAUUGCGAGGGUUUCGAUUUUUCGUGGUUUGUUGUAUUUUCUGUUUCGUCGUUGCUCGAUUAUUUGAUUAGAUUAGAGGCGUGUAGAUAGAUAUGGAGGCGUUCGAGAGUGGGAGUCGUAUUCAAGAGGCUCCCAAUUCUCAGGAUCUCAAGCAAUUCGGAAACGAUUCCACAGAUACUGUAUUUGAUGCAUCUCAAUAUGCGUUUUUCGGAAAAGAUGUGUUGGAAGAAGUUGAGUUGGGAGGCUUAGAAGAUGAAGAGGAGGAUUUGCCUGCUGCUGGGUUUGAGGAGGAGGAGUUUCUUUAUGAUAAAGAAGAGAAUGCGGUUUUAAGGUCUCUAUCCGAUGUUGAUGAUUUGGCGAGUACAUUUUCGAAGGUUAUGAGUGGACCAAGAAAUACCGGAAUAGUUGGUGAUAUUGGAUCUAGACAAAACUCAUCUGCUGCUGAAUGGGCACAAGAAGAGUUUCCCAACGGAAUCAACCAUCAUUUAGAUUCUGAUGGCAUUCCAGAAGGUAAAAGGUGGUCUUCACAGCCUUUUUCUGCUGCCCGCCUUACAGAGUCAAAACCUUUGUACAGAACUUCGUCGUACCCUGAGCCGCAACAACAGCAGCAACCACAGCACACUCACUAUUCCAGUGAACCAAUUCCGGUGCCAAAAUCAUCUUUCCCUUCAUAUCCUUCACCAGGUGGCAGAACUCCGCAGGAUUCACCAAACCACCACUCAGGUCACCUGAAUAUGCAAUAUCAUGCUGGGGGACCCCAUGGAGGAUUGUCUUCACCGAACCUCCCUCCCUUCUCUAAUUCGCAGGUUCCAUUGGCUGGUUUAGCUCACGGAUCACAUUUUGGGGGAAAUUUGCCUCAACUUCCUCCGUGUCUAUCUGUUAAUAACCGGUUGCCUAGCCAGUGGAUCAACCAGCCUGGCAUGUUUCCGGGAGAUAAUUCUGCCUUGUUAAAUAGUAUGAUGCAGCCACAGUUGUCACAUCAAAAUGGUUUAAUGCCUCCUCAAUUGAUGACUCAGCAGCAUAGAAUACACCCUACAGUUCAGCCAUCGUUUAACCACUUAUCAGGAAUGCAGUCUCAACUAUUUAAUCCCCAUCUUUCUCCAUCCCCUCCUUUAAUGAGCAAGUUUGAUGCAAUGCUUGGUCUUGGUGAUCUUAGAGACCAAAAACCGAAGUCUUUUCAGAAAGGUAGACUGAAUCUGCGUUAUUCCCAGCUGGGUUUUGAUACGAGUAAUCAGAAGGGUGAUGGUGGGUGGCCACCGUUUAGAUCCAAGUACAUGACAGCUGAGGAAAUUGAUGGUAUUCUCCGAAUGCAACUUGCUGCGACACACAGUAAUGACCCGUAUGUAGAUGAUUAUUACCACCAGGCUAGUCUUGCGAAAAAUUCUGCUGGAGCAAAGCUGAGACAUCACUUUUGCCCAACUCACUUGAGGGAGCUUCCACCACGAGCACGUGCCAACAAUGAACCACAUGCUUUUCUUCAGGUUGAUGCUCUUGGGAGGAUUCCCUUCUCUUCAAUUCGUAGGCCUCGUCCUCUUCUUGAAGUGGACUCUCCAAAUUCAUCUGGUCAUGGCAGCACUGAUCAGAAGGCUUCUGAAAAGCCCCUAGAACAGGAGCCUAUGCUUGCUGCUAGAGUUGCAAUUGAAGACGGGAUCUGUCUUCUUCUUGAUGUAGAUGAUAUAGACCGUUUCCUGCAAUUCAAUCAGCUGCCUGAUGGUGGAGUACACUACAAGCAUAGGCGACAGGCGUUGCUGGAGGACCUUGCCGCAUCACUUCAACUGGUUGAUCCACUUGGAAAAAGUGGCGGCACAAUUGGGCUUGUUCCGAAGGAUGAUCUUGUGUUCUUAAGGUUAGUUUCUCUACCUAAGGGAAGGAAGCUUCUUGCGAGGUAUCUUCAGCUUCUUUUUCUAGAUGGUGAGCUCAUGCGUAUAGUUUGCAUGGCUAUUUUCCGUCAUUUGCGGUUCCUGUUUGGUUUUCUCCCCUCUGAUCCUGGAGCAGCAGAAACCGCAAAUAACCUUGCAAAAGUCGUUUCAUCGUGCAUUCAAGAAAUGGAUCUGGGUUCGCUUAGUGCCUGUCUUGCAGCAGUAGUUUGUUCAUCAGAGCAGCCUCCACUUCGUCCUCUUGGCAGCUCUGCGGGAGAUGGGGCUUCUCUUAUUCUGAAAUCAGUUCUUGAGCGGGCUACUGAACUCUUGACUGACCCUAAUGCUGCUAGCAACUAUAAUAUGCAAAACCGUGCUCUUUGGCAGGCUUCAUUCGAUGAAUUUUUUGGUCUCUUAACCAAGUACUGCUCGAAUAAAUACGAUAGUAUCAUGCAGUCCUUGCUCACGCAAGGUCCAACAAAUACGGCGGUUAUUGGAGCAGAUGCAGCAAGAGCUAUUAGUCGCGAAAUGCCAGUUGAGCUCGUACGGGCAAGCCUUCCCCAUACAGAUGUCCGCCAGAGGCAGCUAUUGUUGGAUUUCACACAGCGGUCCAUGUCUCUGGGUGCAUCUAACACUCCCCCUGGCGGAAAUGAUGGCCGCAUGAAUUCCGAAUCGGUGCUCAGUUGAUGCGUGGCCUGUAUGAAUGUCUUCUGAGUGCAAAAAGUGAUUGUUCCGGAACAUGCGCAUGCCACUUAAUGCAGUGAAAUUGUUUGCAUUUCUUCUCUGCUUGUGCUUCUACUACUAGUCAAUGGAUAAUUAGCAACACCGGACAGUAAUAAAGUGGCAACUUCGGUGGCAUAACAUUGUUGGAGUAAGUUUAGUUCUUUAGAUUUACAUCGUUUUUGUCCCAUAUGACAUGUUGAUGGUUUGGGAAAACUAGUUAGCAGGCCUUGUCUUUUACCCUUUUUUUUUCCUUUUCUUUUUCUCAAAAUCUUGUGCAUUUUUUUUUCCUCUUUUCUGGAGCUUAUUUUGAUGCUCUGUUGUGGAAUUCUUGGUAUGGUAAGGGAGGGGGAUAUGUACAGAUUUUCUAGAACAGUUGAGAAUUCCCACAUUCCUGUCCUAUUAUUAAUGUCCAAGGAUGUGGGGCCUGAGUUUCUGCUUCAUCCAAAACGGGUCUUCUCUUCUUGUCUUUUAUUUAGUAGCUAGCAAAUGGCCAUAGCCAUAGGGCAUGCAAAAUGUAGGUUUUGUACGGUUGUAAGGUGUUUAUAAAACAUGAUGAUCAUUGGGGAGGGCGUUGAACUGUUGGAAACAAUAUUCGUAGAUGUUGUUGGUUUAGCUUCCAACUUUUUGUUCACAAUCUGUGUUUUACUGAGUUCCUUUUGUUGUUUCGUGUACACGUCAAAAGCACAGUAAUUGGGUGAAGUUUUUAGCCAAACAUACUGGCUUGUUGUUGA